AUGGCCUCCUCCGAACCAUCCGACGCGGCCGCGAAUGAGAUCGUCAUCAACGUCAAGGGCCCGAGCGAGCUGAAGCUGCAGAUCACCAUCUCCACCGACAAGACCGUCGGGGACCUCAAGCAGGCCAUCGCGGACAAGGCGGACGUCACCGCCGACCGCCAGCGGCUCAUAUACUCCGGACGCGUGCUGAAGGACGAAGACGUGCUGUCGACGUACAAGAUCCAGACGGCGCACACGAUCCACAUGGUCAAGGGCGCGGCGCGGGCGGCGGCCCCCGCCGCGGCGCCGCAGCCGCUCCCGACGAUGCAGGCCGGCCAGAACCCGCACGACCCGCUCACGCAGCUGAACGGGCCGAUGGGCUUUGGGGCCAUGGCGGGCUUCAACCCGUUCGCGGACAUGGGCCUGAACCCGAACGAUCCGAAUAUGAUGCAAACGAUGCUCAACUCGCCCCAAUUCCUCCAACAAAUGUCCUCCGUCAUGUCCAACCCCGCCGUGCUCGACCAGAUCAUCGCCUCGAACCCGCAGCUGGCCGCGAUGGGCCCGCAAGUGCGCGAGGUGUUCCAGUCGGAGCACUUCCGCCAGAUGAUGUCCAACCCGGACACGCUCCGGAUGAUGUUCCAGAUGUCCCGCGUCAUGCGCGAUUCCGGCGUGGCGCCGCCCGGCGCGGGUGGCAUGGGCGGGCUCGGGGGGCUUGGGGCAGGCGGCGGGUUCCCCGCUCCGGGGCUGCCGUCGACCGCGCGCGCGCCAGACGGGCAGACGGGCACGGGAGCGGGAACGACGCCGGCGGGAGGCGCGAUGCCGAACCCGUUCAUCAACUUUGGGAUUCCGCCCCCAACCUGGACGGGCUCGACGGAUGGGAGCGCAACGGCGGGGACGGGGGCGGGCGCCGCGCCUGGGGCGUUCGAUCCGGAGACGAUGCAGCGGAUGCUGGCCGCUAUGGGUGGGAGCGGGGCGGGCGCGGGUCCGUUUGGGAUGGGAGGCUUGGGCGGGAUGGGCGGGUUCGGUGCGGCCCCAGCGGCACCCGCGGACAGCAGACCACCGGAGGAGCGUUUCCAGGUGCAGUUGGAGCAAUUGCAAGGCAUGGGUUUCACGAACGCGACGCAGAACGUGCGCGCGUUGCUCGCGACGGGCGGGAACGUGCACUCGGCGAUAGACUACAUCCUCAACGGGGGUGGGCUCUGA